CCGCGCGCGAUGCACUCUGGGAAUGGCUGCGCAGCUCGGGUUGGCUGGGGGAGCAGACAGCGGAGUUUUAAUGUCCGCCAUGUUGGCCGUGGCGUACUGAGGAGGGAGGGAGAGAGCGAGACGCCUGAGCGCAGAGACCCCCACGGAAUAACCCCCGGAGCACCGAAUAGCUCGCAGAGCCCCAUGAGGAGGCGGCCCGGAGGGAUUUCCGCGCACGUCGGUCGCAUGGCUCUGUGCUAGACGCUGGACAAUGAGCAAGUUGUCGUUCCGGGCGCGGGCGCUGGAUGCGUCCAAACCGUUACCCGUCUUCCGCUGCGAGGACCUCCCGGACCUGCACGAGUAUGCCUCCAUCAACCGGGCCGUGCCCCAGAUGCCGACCGGCAUGGAGAAGGAAGAGGAGUCGGAACAUCAUCUCCAGCGAGCUAUGUCAGCAUUGCAGGUAUAUGGAGAGAAGCGGGAUAACAUGGUUAUUCCAGUCCCAGAGGCAGAAAGUAAUAUCGCUUAUUAUGAAUCUGUGUACCCAGGGGAAUUUAAGAUGCCAAAGCAGCUCAUUCACAUACAGCCUUUUAGUUUGGAUGCAGAACAGCCAGAUUAUGACAUGGAUUCUGAGGAUGAGGUUUUUGUGAACAAGCUUAAGAAGAAGAUGGAGAUUUCUCCUCUCCAGUUUGAAGAGAUGAUUGACCGGUUAGAGAAGGGCAGUGGUCAGCAUCCAGUCAAUCUCCAAGAGGCCAAACUGUUGCUCAAGGAAGAUGAUGAGUUGAUUACAGAGGUUUAUGACUAUUGGAUUAAGAAAAGGAAAAACUCCCGUAGCUCCACCCUUAUACCAGCAGUGAAACAGGAGAAGCGGGAUGGCUCUAGUACCUGUGAUCCUUAUGUAGCUUUCAGAAGACGUACGGAGAAAAUGCAAACACGGAAGAACCGAAAGAACGAUGAAGCUUCUUAUGAAAAGAUGUUAAAGUUACGUCGGGAUCUCAGCCGAGCUGUGACCAUAUUAGAAAUGAUUAAGAGGCGAGAAAAAAGCAAGCGAGAAUUACUACAUCUAACACUGGAAAUAAUAGAAAAGAGGUAUAACCUAGGUGACUAUAAUGGAGAGAUCGUGUCAGAGGUAAUGGCUCAGCGUCAGCCUUUGAAGCCCACCUAUGCCAUCCCCAUCAUCCCUAUUUCUAGUAGUCCGUUUAAACAUCAGGAUACAAUAGAAAUUAAGAUUAACAAGCAAGAAAAAUCUGAUGUUGUACGACCGAAGCGGAAAUAUGAAAAGAAGCCUAAAGUCUUACCCACCUCUCCUGCUGCUCAACAGACCAGUCCUGCUGCACUUCCAGUGUUUAAUGCGAAGGAUCUGAAUCAGUAUGAUUUCCCCAGCUCUGAUGAUGAGCCUCUCUCGCAGGUCAUGUCUGGUUCCUCGGAAGCCGAGGAGGAGAAUGAUCCAGAUGGUCCCUUUGCUUUCCGCAGGAAAGCUGGCUGUCAGUACUAUGCUCCACAUUUGGACCAAACUGGCAACUGGCCUUGGUGUAGCCCAGAGCAAGGUGGACUAGGGGACAUUCGCUAUAGAUACUGCCUCACUACCCUCACUGUACCCCGCAAGUGUAUUGGGUUUGCACGAAGACGGGUUGGGCGUGGUGGAAGGGUGCUCCUGGACAGAGCACAUUCGGAGUACGACAGUGCUUUUCACCAGUUGGACGUUGACCUGCUUUCCUCUCCAGAACACACUUCAAUCAAUUUAUUUGCCAAUACCUCAGAAACAAAUACCUCGGAUAAAUGUUUCUCUAAAGACCUCAGUCAAAUACUAGUCAAUAUAAAAUCAUGUAGGUGGCGCCAUUUUAGGCCUCGGACAACAUCCCUACAUGACAGUGACAUUGUUGACUUUUCCUGUAGAACGUUUCACAAGGGUGUAACUCGAACAGGCACAGCACAACCUGGGACCCAGACUUGCAGUACCUCGUCAUCAAGUAAAAGUAGCAGUGGUUCAGCACACUUUGCAUUUACAGCCGAACAAUACCAGCAACAUCAACAACAACUGGCACUAAUGCAGAAACAACAGCUUGCUCAAAUACAUCAACAGCAGGCAAAUAAUAUUUCCUCUGCCAACACUUCACAGGGUUUUGUUUCCAAAACAUUAGACUCUGCUAGCGCUCAGUUUGCUGUUACAGCUUUGGUAACGUCAGAACAGCUGAUGGCUUUCAAGAUGAAGGAGGAUGUCGUCCUUGGCAUUGGAAUGAAUGGCAUUCUUCAAGCCUCAGGAGUAUACAAGGGCUUACACCUCAGUAGUAAUACACCUGCAGCACUCGUACACACAAGUCAGUCAUCGUCGUCAUCAUCAACUGGUUCAGCCUUGCUACAGCCUUCCAAUAUAACACAGACUGCUAGUUCCCACAGCACUCUGAGUCACCAAGUAACUGCUGCCAAUUCUGCAACAACUCAGGUUCUGAUUGGGAAUAACAUCCGAUUAACUGUACCCUCCUCCGUUGCCACUGUAAACUCUAUAAACACCCUCAAUGCACGCCAUUUACCUAGGACUUUAAGUGCUGUUCCCUCAUCUGCCUUAAAGCUGGCUGCAGCUGCAGCAGCAAAUUGUCAGGUACCCAAGAUUCCAGCAGCAUCUUCUGUGGAUGGAGUACCAAGGGAAAACCAUGAAACAGAAAAGCCAGCAUUGAACAGUAUAACAGACAACACAGUAGCUAUGGAAGUGACGUAGUUUCCACAGGAGUGGGGCUGCAGCCUUGGGAACUUGUUUAGGUGCUAUGCAUCAGUAGCAUUAUGAAUGCAAGGGAUGGUGGGAAGCGGCGGACUGCGUUUCCAUGGCAGCUGUGGGGACUCGACAGCAACGCACAUCUCUCAUGCUUUGAUUUCUUUUUUUCGUACUGUUAAUAGGAAAGAAUAAACAUCUGUAAAUUAUGAAUACAGCAAUUAUCUGUACAGUACUGCAUAUUUGUAAUACCCUUGUAUAUAUGUUACUUGAAUACAGAACUGUUCAUUUGUGAUGCUUUGCACUGUGGGGGGUAAAAUUGGAAACAAACUGCAACAAAGUAAGAGUGUGAGAUUGUAUAGAGAUGAGAAGUGUCAUCACAUCAUGUGCAUGGUGCGGGACCUGCUGUUUUAUCUAUUUAUUGUGCCGUGUUUACAGGUUUUUGUACACUGUACCUUCAUUGGUUCCUGUGCUGUAGUAAAUGUGUUAGGUAGCUGUGGACUCCUUGGUAUUUUGUAAAUGGUAUAACAUAACUUGGUUCCCCACUGGGUCCCUGAGUUCUCUGUGUAUCAUGUGAAGAAAUGGUGACAUACAUACAGAAUCUAAGUAAAAGGCAUCAUUUAUAAAUGGGGAAUGUACUACUAGGAUCUUCCUAUCCUAAUAUCAGAAGUUACAAGAUAAUAAUGAAGUCUCUAGAAUCUUCCCAUCCCCAUUCACUUAUACGCCAUGUGGGUGAUUUCCGGUACUUCAGGCACUAAGGUUUUGUUGCUGCUUUAUAAACAAACCCUCCUGCCCCAUCUCCUCCUACACCAAAAAAGUGUUAAAUCAAGUAUGCAAAUGGAGUCCAUUCAACUGGAGGGUUUUUUUUUAUGUUGUCUGCCCUAUUUUUUUUAUUUUUUUUUUAGAAAAAAAAUAGAAAAAACACUUUAAAAAAUAUUUUUUUAUUGUGUAAUUGUUAAAGACUUCAUUCUUUACUUGUUCUUAAGGAAGUAAAAAAAAAAAGGAUAUAAGGGAGAAGAAUGCAGUAAUUGCUGUACGUGUAUCAUCAUUCCAGUUCCUAGAACAGCCAGCUUUUUUCCUUUUUCCGACUCCAAAAGGCUGCAGAUCCAGAACCACAACUUAUCGGGUGCCUUCCUUUGGAAAUAUGAGCUCUCUUCUGUGAAGAGAACGGUACUGUACAGACUACUAAUGCUUUGUCAGUACCGAAGUUUGAAUGCCCUGUCCACCGGCAUACAUUAUCCUUAACGUUUUUAAUCCCGCCUGGAAAUACAUUGUGAAUGAAUUGUCACAAAAUUAAACCCAGGGCAUUACAUGUUGACAAACAAAAUGUGUGGUGAUGUUUCUUUUUUUCUGUAUUAAUUUCUGCUCUAAGUUCAUUGUCAAUUUCAAUUCAAUGUUCUGCACUUGUUUCUUAAAUGGAAGGAAAGAAAAGCUCCCACUAAAUUAAGGAAAAUAUUAAAAUACAUAAAACUAA